AAGAGAUAAAGAUAGAGUAAAAAAAAUCUGAAUGAGUAAAAAUAGAAAAUGUACAUGUGUCACAACUGUAAGCAAAGUACUAAAUUAAAUUAGCAGAGGAUAACGUGCUAGAGAAGGCUGAGGAUAAACAGAACAGCGUGACAGAGGUCAGAGGACCGAGUUCAACAUCCUAACGUGCUGAGGAAAGAUGCUUUUUCUGGCUACAAAGGUCUAUUGCCAGAGCAUAGAAAUAAAACAGAAAUGAAGACAGGAAAAUUCUAUUCACCUUUAAAUGCAAUAAUGAGGGUAAUAAUGGAAGUUAGCUGUUUUUAUGCUUCCUUUCAUCCUUGGUACACGUCUUAGCCAUUAGUCCACCAAGACCAGGACCCAAUAAUGCUAAUCUAAGGGUCAAUCUAGCAGUCGCUUUUAAUCUUUUAAAUUACAUAACAGAAGCGCAUAGUACAAGUAAGACAGGAAAUAUUCUUAGAUAAAUAAAAAAUCAAAUACAAUUUCAUUGUCAUUUGAUAAAUUAGAUAAUAAUGAGAUACAUUUGCAUUUUUCACUUUUAGGGAUAGAUAAAGGGAUAAACACACUACAGUUUAGCUAUUCUUAGGAUCGGGUCAUACUCGAACCUAACUAGUUUGUUUAUUUGUUCUGAAUGGCCACGGUGGAAGGUGUCGUGUGUUGCCAACUGUCAUGAUAUUGUUUAAAUAUGGGGAUAACAGUCUCUAGACAGACAUUCAAAUCCUGCUUUUUUUCUCACCUCCACACUGCCAACCCCAACCCCUAUUAUUUAACAUAAUUUUUAUUCAUUGACUAUUUUAUUUAAACGGAAAGCAUUGACAGUUGGCAUUUUAAGCAGUAAUUUGUUUUAUUAGUUUUGAUCUGUAAAUGCUUAUUUUGUGGUGCAAUAUAUUUCAAUGAGUAUGCGCCUUAUGGCAGUCUAUAAUCUGUAUGUGUUGUUAGCCCUAAGAUUUGUGGAAAAGUAUUUGUUUUGUCCUGUCCAUGUGUGGGUGCAGAUGAUUGAGCUGGGCCUCGCUGACGGCAGUCUGAUCGACGAGCUGAUGGAGCUGACGGCACAGAGCCUCAGUCAGCUGGAGAUCCAGGAACGUUUCAACAUCAUCAAGGAGAUCGGCCGAGGGAAAUACGGCAAAGUGCUGCUGGUCACACAUCGCUUCAGGGGGACUCCCAUGGCCUUGAAAGUGAUGCCCAAAGCCUCGACUAAGCUCCAGGGCUUUCUGCGAGAGUACUGCAUCUCCUUACACCUGUCCUGCCACCCCUGCAUCGUGGGCCUCUUUGGCAUUGCCUUCCAGUCUAAUGAGCACUACUGCUUUGCCCAGGAGCUUGUCAUUGGGAGGGACCUGUUUGCUGUCAUCCAGCCAAAGGUGGGUAUCCCAGAAUCUUCGGUAAAACGUUGUGUCCUCCAGAUAGCCAGUGCUUUGGAGUUCAUCCACAGCCAUGGUCUGGUUCACCGUGAUGUCAAGCCUGAAAACAUCCUCCUGUUGGACAAUCACUGCUGCCAGGUCAAGUUGGCAGACUUCGGCCUGGCUCAGAAGAGAGGCACUCUGAUUCGCUUCAUCACAGGAACCCUUCCUUACAUGGCCCCAGAGCUUUGUACAGUGGCCCUGAUGGAGGGCCAAAAAGAAGUGACCGCUCCUCCACUUAGCGUGGAGCCAAGUCUGGACACCUGGGCCUUCGGUGUCGUUAUCUUCUGCAUCCUUACGGGGUAUUUCCCCUGGGAGCGCUGCAUGGACUCGGACGACUUCUAUCAGGAGUUUGCAGACUGGUGCAGAAUGAAGGAGAGACCAAACACUGAGGAGGACAUUCCUCCUUUGUGGAAAAGGUUCACUCCAGAAGCCAUGGAAAUGUUUGGUAAGCUCCUGGCUCUGGAUGUAGGAAAGAGGUGUACAGUGGGGGAAGUGAGCACGUAUGUGGAGAAAGACUGGCUUAAGAAGGUACAUGGGAUUGAGCAGCAGCAGACAGCAGAAAGAAACAGUGCCUCUGGGAAUAAUCCUGGGCAUUGCGAGGUGGAAAUACAGCCUAAUACAUAGUCACAGACUGAAUAAAAAAAAAAAAAUCUAUAGCUUCUAUAUGCCUAGAAAGCAUGUUAAAUAUACAAUUAUAGGUGGAAACAGUAGUAUUAUGUCUUCUGUGGCUCUGGAGGGAGCUGUCCAUAGUUAAAAAAAAUACAAUAACCCUGAUGAUGUUAGGGUUAUCUUGGAUUGGACUUUAAACCUAACAUUUUUAACAGAAAGCCUGCAUUACAAACUUGACACAUAGGGUUUGAAAGAAUUGUACACACUUGCAUUGUGGGAAUGUAGGAUCCAGUGGGUUUGGAGCUUGACUAAAAGUCAGGACGUCUCAGCCUCUGCUGCACCAUUCUCUUUCAAUCUGUGUCUUGUGAGUCCCCCAACUCUAUUGAAAUGCAAUACUAAAAUCCUGGCGUACCCCUUUAAAGGUGCUGUACUCAAAAUACUGAAAAAAGUGGUAUGGGAUUGCCUCCACACGGCUCUCACAGACUGUUCUCCGACUUGUCAAAUAAUUACCCUUUGUCACAGCCCUCAGCGUCUGGUACCGACGCACAAGGCAGUCACAUGCACUAAUAUUCAUGCACAGCCGAAGAACAAAGACCAGAGAUGCUCAAAAUACAUUACACACAGAGGGAGCGUGACUUCAUUCUCUGCUCAGGACGCCAUUAUUCCACUAUUAUCUUUACAUAGCAAAUAUUUGUUUACUGCUAUAUCAAUGUUCUGAAUGUAGAGUACAGCCCCUUUAGUACAACACCAUAAUAAAUGUACUUUCUCAUGUACUAAUAAAUGUAAUUUCCAACCACUGUUGAAUUAUUAGGUACAACACAUAUACUGGUAUAACAUGACAAAAAAAUGACCCAUUAAGUGGGACUACAUUUUUAUGAACCAUGUUUUUUUUCAUGAUUUCGUAAAAUUUGCUUUGUUUUUUAUAGUUGUUCUUCAGUAUAAAGUUCUGCUCAAGUAUGUACAACUGGAUUUCAGUGUCACCUUCUUCUCUGUUCUGAGUACAUGAGUACAAAUUACAACCUUUUACCAUAGACUAAAGUACAUGGCUGCAAACAAAUCUAUUGUUUCUUGUACUGGGAUUGUAGUGGUGCAUAAGGAGUAAAACGGGGUGUUGUGGACAGCAAUUACAUAAAUUAUUUUGUCACCCUUUGGCAUAUGUUUCCAGAUAUUGCUGUGAUCUGCAUGCAUCAGGCAGCACAUGCUCAUUUAUUGCAAAAAGCAUCUGGAGUGCAACAGGCUGCUGUUGUGCAUUCUGACCUUCUGCCCAGGGUGGCGCUGUUGUUUCAAGUUAUCACAUAGAACUUUAAGUAAAAGCAGUGCAGCUCUAUCUAGGUUUCACCUAUGUUGCUGCACAAACUGAUACAAAUUGUUGAGAGUUUUAACGUGGAUUGUUUAUUUAUAAUAAUCAUUUUAAUAUACAGUAUAACUUUGAUAUACAGGAUGUGUUAUUUGAUGUCAGCUAUGUGUGGAAUUAGCAUAUUGUCCCGAUUACUUGCAAGUCAACUAACAAUAUUUUUCUCAACUGCAACACAUUUAACAGUCUGACAUUUAAUAUAGAUGCAGGAUGCAUGUUAAUAUAUAUUGAUCAACAAGUGAAGUUCAUGAAUGUUAAACUAUUUAUGAACUGAUUUUUUGUUAUAU